UACCACCGUCAUUUGACACCAAAUCUAACCGGAAUCCGAAUACGGAGCUUGCAGACCACUUUCUGUAUCCUGUGUUCGACUAUAUUAUAUUUUCCAUUGCCAUUAUACAACCCGAGUUGCAACUUGCUUGUUUAUUUUUAAUGUUUGGGAAACUCAUAGUGGUGGUCUUUGAUGUUUUCGGAAAAGAGGUGGUUCGAACAAAGGCAGCAAUCCAAGCUAUUCUAGAGCCCAUUGAAAAGCACUACCUUGACGAGGAUGACGAUGCUACGACGUCCAAAAUUGUCGUCGGAGACAGGGCAGUACAUGUACAAUUCAGUGGUCAUCUAGAUCAACCAAAACCGAGUGUGAAAGUUAUUGGUUAUGUGUUGAUGUUAAAUGGAAAAGAAAUUGGCGAGAAUGAAGCUCGGCUGGUUAAGCUUCCGAUCCCACCGAAGAGCUAUAACGGCAGCAAGGCGAAAGCGAUUUUCAGUGGAGGAGAACUGCAUGUUUGGCUUCCCUUGAUGGAAAACAAAGAAGGAGAUUUUGCAUUUGCAAUUAACGUUGGUGAUGAGUUUUAGAUCUAGAUGAUUAUCGUAUUAAUGAAGUGGCAUUUACCUAGUUUGCCACAUUUUAGUGUUUAGAUCUAUUGACGGACCACUGGAGUAUCAUCGUGCCACCAGCAGAAUCACCCGAUCAUAUCCAUCUCCACUAGACAAUAAUGCCUAUACACCAAUUCAGGAGAAAACUCAAUAAAUCUGGGAAAAACCCCCUUUGUGGGAAUCGAACCCAUGACCUAAUGGUCAUAAGCCUUAUCCUACCACCAAGAUACCACUAGGCUAUAAUGCCAUGGGUAGAUCUAGAUAAUUAUGGUAUUAAUGAAGUGGCAUUUACCUAGUUUGCCACGUUUUAGUGUAAUCAUUACGCUUUUUAUUAACUUUUCAAGUAAUGAAAACUAGUAGUUUAAUUUAAUGAUUUAAAA